AUGCUUGGUCAUACGAUUGAAGAAAUCGCAACCCACAAAGCUGGGAUAAUGAAGACAUUCGCCCCAGUCGUUACCGUGCCGCAGCCUCCACAGGCAAUGGCGGUGCUGGUCAAGCAAUCACAGCUGGUUAAUUGCCCGCUGUACGUAGUCCCCCCGUUGCAAGCGUAUUUGAACAGCUGUGCAGGUGAUACACGCCUGAAGUUCGGAAUUCCGGGACCUCAUCAGGAUUACAACGUUAGCAUGGCUUUGCAGUUGACCAGAAUCUGGAGGUCGUUCAGAGAGGGCCACGAACAGCCGUUUUACACAUCGACUGAAGGCAGGGCGGAUUCUUCGUAUCGCAGCGGUCUGCCGUCGUCGAUGUUGGCCGCCGGCGCUGUAACCGAGCCCGAACGCCUUGGCAUCGAAGAGUGUUCUUGGCCCGGUCGAUGCCAGAUAGUGAGGAGGGACGACAUGGUGUUCUAUUUGGACGGAGCUCACACGCCGUUGAGCAUACAGUAUACAAGCCAAUGGUUCGAUGAGAUUUUGCAGAGCUAUGUUGACCUAGAUUUGCGGUCGGUAUACAAGGUUCUUGUGUUUCAUUGCACGUACGAACGAAGCGCGGUCGAUCUUUUAGCUCAGUUUCAGAAUCUAAAUUUUGACCUGGCGUUGUUCUGUCCCCCGGUUGCAUUUCCUGACGCCGAAACAUCUGCAGAUGUGACGAACUACAUGGUCAGUGUAGGUGGCCGCAUGAAAAAGUGUCUUCAGAAUCGCUGCGCGUGGCUGAAGCUGAUAGAGGAACGUCGUUCGGCAGCCGGUGAGUCGACCAGUGGUCAGAAUAUACCGCCGUUGAGCAGCGUGGUCGCUUGCGUUUCUGAUGCUGUCAGUUACAUUGAACUUCUGAAAAAACAAGUGAAUACGAAUGCGCCAGAAUCGCCGCCUGCAAAAAUGCACGUACUAGUGACCGGUAGCCUGCAUCUUGUUGGAAGCUUUUUACAAGUUUUGAACUGGCAGUCACAGGAGUAG